UGACUGUUUCACAGCUCGAUACCUAUGACGAAUCUGAGCCUGUCCGUCGUCCGAUGGACGUUGACGUUGUAUCUGCUCGCCAUGCUGAUGGCCUGUGCCGAAUGUUACCGUGCGCCUCAAGCGAAACGUAACAAGCUCUACCAAACAGUGCCGGAGAUAAUCGCCGCUCACGGGUACCCGGUGGAGGUGCAUCACGUGCAGACAGCCGAUGGCUACAUACUGGAGAUGCACCGGAUCCCGGGCGGCCGCGGCGGUUCGCCGGCCACCUCCCCGCCGGGCCGACCUGUCCUCGUGCUGCACGGCAUACAGGACAGCUCCGCCGGCUGGGUCAUCAACCCGAGAAAGUCACUCGGGUUCGUGUUGGCAGACGAAGGCUACGAUGUGUGGCUCGGAAAUAAUAGAGGAAACACCUACGGACGGGCACACGUCACUCUCAAUCCCAAUAAACGUCGCUUUUGGGAGUUCACAUUGGAUUCCUUUUCGAAGUACGAUAACCCUGCCAUGAUAGACUACAUUCUGGAGACAACAGGUUACGACGACCUUUAUUAUAUAGGAUUUUCAUCAAGCACCAUCUCCUUUUGGGCGAUGAUGAAUUAUUAUCCGGCUUACAACGACAAGGUUCGUUUAAUGGUGGCUCUGGGGCCGGUGGCCACAAUGAAGUACUUCAGAAGCAUCGUCAGGAUUUUUGUUCCAUUCAGGAAAGCUAUCCAGAAAAUGUCGGCCAUAUUCAGCCACAACGAGUCGUUUCGGCACAAGCCGCUGUACGGCGUGCUGGGCAAGAUAUUCUGCAGCAAGCACUCGCCUACGGUGCCGCUGUGUGCGCUCGGGAUGUUCAUGCUGGCUGGCUGGGACCCGAAACAGCUUGACAAGGCCAGUCUGCCGGUGAUAUUCUCUCAUGUUCCCGCUGGAACCGGAAGUCUGGUUAUGGAGCAGGUUUCACAGUACAUCGCAUCAGGUCGUUUCCAGCGCUAUGAUUACGGCAAAAAGCAGAAUCUGGUACGAUACGGUCAGCGACGUCCUCCAGAAUACUUUCCGGAGAAAGUGACUGCGCCCGUGGUGCUGAUCUGGGGUCCCAACGACAAAAUGGCCGACAAACGGGACGCGGCGCUGCUGGCGGCACGGCUGCCGAACCUGGUUCGCAGUGAGCCCGUCAACUGGCGCCUCUGGCAGCACCUCGACUUCAUGUGGGGCAUCGACGCCAACCGUCUAGUCUACAGUCGUGUUAUUCACUACAUGGAGCAGUUUGGCGGAGCGCGCUGAGCUCCGCUCCCGUGCGUGCUGCCGUCAGGAGUGUUCCGGUCGCUUCUUACGAUAAUGUGCCCAGGAUAGGGCAGCCGGGCCAGCAACGGCAGAUCAAAAUCAAAAUAUUAAUAGGUGCAUGUUUUCCCAGUUAAGCUGAUUGUCUUCGACCCGAUGCCUGCUUCUGACUUUUUAUCACAAUGGAAGCGAAACAUACCUGGCGAACGCCAAGGUAUAGCCUCUGGCCGCUACAGGGUGACCAUGUGAUCAGGUGAUAAUGAAAUAUGUGAUCUGCUGAAAAGAACAAAAUAAACCUGCUUAGAUGUCAUAUAACAACGAUGUUAUGUUACAAUAUUUCGACAAAUCACGGAAUUUUGACAUUAACGUGCUGGCAACAUUACAACAAGAAUGGUCUCAUUUCCCGUGUAUUUUAACUGAGAAACACGUGCAGGCUUCUUCGACAAAAUAGA